ACCGCACGAGGGGGGAAGGAAAUCUGUUUUCCACUGCUGUGCAGGACUCACUUCCCUGCAGUGCAUACUUGAGCACAUGGACGCAGAAGUGCUUUGAAAUGACACCUCGUAUGGACUAGACCAUGAUCUAUUUGUCAAAGAGAACACGAGGAAGUCAUGCCAAAGAAUCAGGUCUCUGGAAGAUGCGAAUAAAAUCCAAAUCCCACAGUGUUGCUGUGCUACUGUCAACUCUCUGCACAGGAAUAAGAGGAAUAUUGCUGUUCCAUUUGGGCCAGUUUAUGCAAUAAACGCAGACAGUUCUCCAUAUACCAAAGCAUUGGCAGCGGCGACUGAUUUGCUGGGUCAAUCUCGCAACGAUUGCAACCAGGUUUGCGUUGACCGCGCUGCAACAGCUGCAUUUGCGCUCUGGAGAAGCUCUCGCGCAUGGGACCUACCAGAGAGGCUCAGAGAUGUUCUCGUGGAAUAUGGACAGAAUGAUUGAUGUAGACGCUCCAGAACGGUAAACGACCCGCGUGCGCAACAAUGCAGCUAAUUCUUCAGAGGAGACCAAGGAUCCGCACACUGCGCUUGGUUUGGUCGCUCAUGGCCGUGCUCGCGCUGUCCCUGGCCGUGUGCAGUGCCAUACUUACGGUGUGGACAAUGCGACAAACGCGGGACCUGUCGAGGUCUUUCCAAACUCUGCAGAGGCGCUUAGAGCAGGUGAAUAUGCAGCGCAAGGCCAUCUUCCAGCUCAUCCUGGAAAAACGCGAACUGCUGGAGAGUCAGAGGUUCCGCAGAGAUGCGGGAGGGAGGAAAGGAAAUGGACGAAAAGUGGCCUCUCAUUUUGAGAUAACCAACGAUUCCUUCCAAAAGGUGGGCAGUGAGGGAGUCAUUAAAGGAUGGACUGAGGAGCAGCUGAAUAUGAGCAGGGCGGUGCAUUAUAAUCCAGAGACUGGCACCUUCAAAGUGGAGCGCAGCGGCGUCUACUUCCUGUACUGUCAAGUACACUUCAACGAGAACCAGAGUCAGUACGUGAAGCUCGAGGUGUCUGUUCCUAAAGGCCCUUUGCUCCAGUGCAUCGAGGGGUACGGAACCACACCAGCGUCUGGCUCCCACAAGUUUCACUUCCUAAAGCCUUGCCAGGUCUCUGGCCUCCUACGCCUUAACAAGGGCGCCGAGCUGAAGGCGGUCACCGGAGGUUCCUUCAGUCUGCAGAUGUCAGGCAAACACUACUUUGGCCUCUUCAAAGUUAACUAGAGGCACGGACAGUUUUCCAGACACCUCAGCUGUAUGAACAAAAUAGUUUUAUAGUUUUCCACAGAUCACUGGCCUUAAAUUACCUAACCUAAACCUGUCUCUUUGAACCUGGCGUUGCCUUAAAAGAGGAAAUUUUGACUCGGUGAGGAACGUUUCUAUAACCAGCUGUCCAUGGUCACGGACGACCCCUUUAUGAAUGCAAGUGCCCUUCCAUGAAGAUGUCAUCGGGAUGUUAAUGACUGCACAACUUGCCUUGCUGGACCAAUUUAUGAGAAUCAUUUGGUACUCUGUCGGUUUGGCUGCAAAUGCCUUAUUAAACGCAAACCAGCACAAUUUCUUCUAUAUAAAUAUAGCAUUUAAUUACAGCAUACCAGAGACAUUGCUCCAGCAGCUUGGUUGACUUAUAUACUGGCAUAACCAGUUUGACCAGAAGGACGAUGAAUUUUCAGCAGCGUUGCAGGCCACUACAAGUAUGAGAGAUUUCACCACUGGUUACUUGGCUGGACCAAAACAGAGUUGCCCUAGUUCCUGAACUGCCUUACCACUGGAUGGGUUUUAGUGCAGAAAAAUUAAGGUUUUGGCUGGUCGUUAUGAAAACUCAAGAGUGACUAAAUAUGCAUCAAAUAAUGCAAGAAACUUUACUUUUGUUGUUGCAUCAAUUUGAAACAACAAGCCAGACUUUUUUUUUUUCCCAAACACACUGUCACUGUGACAUAUGAAACAUAUAUUAAUAUUUAUCGAUGAAAAGGCAGUGACUUAUUAAAGCAGAUACUUAAACUUUUGUUAUACUGAAAGUGGACUGUGUGUACAUAUUGCAUGAAAGUUGAUGACAUGGAUGGCACAUACCUUUAAAAAAGUCACAGUAUGCCUUUAGUUUUUAUAUAAUGUACAAUUUCAUGUUAUAUUUUUUAAAAGGUAAAGUUACAGAUUUUUACACCAUCGUAAUUUCAUUUAAUCUCACUAAUUAGAAAUGUAUGAAACCACUGGUGACUCCAAUCUGUCAAUGUCUACCUGACCUACCGCUCCUGAGGCCUUUCGUAAAUCUUGUCAAUACUGUCAAUUAAAUCUGAAAUGGAAAUUACAACCGCUGUUCGAAAUGCACUUUGCCCCAAAUGGGUUUCCUAAUAGUGCCGCCGGCUUCCUCUUUGUAUUUCCUGAACCCUCAUGUGGACCCCUGCAAACCUUCUCAUUUCCACUUGCUUCUGGACUCUCACUUCCUGAAUCUGAAUAUGCAGCAAAUACUUGAAAACCUUUUGAGGAAAAACAUGUGCUUUUCCCCCCCUGAUCUCUAUCCCCAUUCCUUCCCCCUUGUCUACUCAGUUUUUUUUUUUUCAUCUGUUUGGGUUCACUCCUCGCAUAAAAUCCACAUUUGGCUAGCGGCACCGUUUCUGCUUUUAAAACAUCCAAGAUAAACCUGACAGAUGAAGUACAGUCAGAUUCUGUGAGAUUAAACGUGUGAAUUUGAGGUGACAGACAGUUUC